AAGACAUCCGAGUCCUCAGACACCACAUCCCAGCACACGGCCUGAACCCAAACACUUCAAUUCAGAACAAGCCUCUGUUGAUAUACCAGAACGCAUUCUCGUCGCCUUCGAUCUCAGCCUCUCAGAUUGAAUCACAUCUUUCCUCGAUAGGAGUGGUAAAACCCCAAUGGCGUUAUACCAUGUACAGUGCUUCGCACUUUCACAGCACGAGUCACGAACUUCUUGGAAUAUCCAAUGGUGAAGCGAGAAUAUGUUUCGGCCAUGAGGAUAAUCCGAAAAAGGUCGAGGAGAUUCUGCGCAAAGGCGAUGUCGUUAUUAUUCCUGCUGGGGUCGCCCACCGGUUGUUGGAAGAUCUCACCGGUGAGUUUGAAAUGGUUGGAGCGUACCCAGUGGGCUGUAGUUGGGAUAUGUGCUAUGGAAAGUCGGGUGAAGAGCAAAAGAUUGAAAAGAUCAGAAGUCUGUCGUGGUUCAACAAGGAUCCAUUGUAUGGAGACGACGGUCCAGCAAUGGACGUCUAGAUGCUGCUGAAAUUGGUCUUUGCCAGUUUGCCAGAUGUGUACGCGCUCGUCACGACGAUACAGCCCUUAAGGCGGGUGCUCGAUAGCAGACAAGUGCGUCGUGAUGACAGGAAGUCUUCACCAUCUAUCGGUCAUAUCAUCACAGCUCUCCGCAAUGUAGAAUCA